AUGAUUGGCUCCGUGGCGAUCGUCGUCGUGCUUUUUGACGACUACGAGCUGCUGGACGUCUACGGUCCUGCGGAGCUCCUGGCGGGCUGCAACGUGCUGCCUGCCGCCAAGGGCCAGCUGAAGCUCCGCUUCGUGGCGAGCGGUGGCCUCGCCAGGCCGACGAAUGGCCCGGCCACGCUGGCGGAGCCGUUGGAUGACGACACGAAAAGCGAGUGCGAUGUGUUGCUAGUGCCGGGGGGCAUGGGCACACGCAAGCUGCAGCACGACCAAGGCUUUCUGCAGCAGCUCCGGGUGCUGGCCGCGGAGGCCACGCUGGUGCUGAGCGUGUGCACGGGCUCCUUGCUGCUCGCAGCUGCGGGACUGCUGGAUGGGAAAGUGGCCACUACCAACAAGAGGGCGUUUAUUGAUAUCGCCGAAAACUGGCCAAAAGUGAAGUGGCAACGGACGGCCCGUUGGUGCACCGACGGGAAGUUCUACAGCUCCUCGGGGGUCGCGGCGGGCAUUGACCUCACCCACUUCUUCCUGAAGGAGCUUUUUGGAGAAAAGGUGGCGAAGAUGACGGCCAAGUGUGCAGAAUACGUACACAAUGAUGAUCCUGGCGAGGAUCCCUUUGUGCAUUCCAAGACGUUUGACUUGAAGAAUCCCUUUGGCAAGCCGUUGCAGCUCGUGGUGGUGGUGUAUGACCAGUUCGAGAUGUGGGACACCUUCGGGCCCCUGGAGAUGUUCUCCAUGGCCAACCGCCUGAACGGCCCGGCCUUCGAAGUGAAGGUGGUGGCGGAGGACUUUGAGACGAAGUCCUUCGGCGGGCCCUGGUUCCAAUGCGAGGCCUUGGCCUCUGGCGCCGAAGGCGACAUCGACCUCUUGCUGCUCCCUGGAGGAAUCGGCACUUUGCGGGAGAUCUACAACCCGGUCUUCAGCAAAGCGAUCUGUGCAAUGGUGGCCAAGGCGCAGCGGGUGAUGACGGUGUGCACGGGCAGCGCGAUCCUGGCCUCCCAGAACUUGCUGCAGAACCGCAAGGUCACCACCAACAAGAUGAGUUUCGACCUCAUGGCGCUCUUCGGGCCGGCCGAUUGGGUACCCAGCGCCAGAUGGGUGCGCGACGAGAAGUUUUGGACUUCCAGCGGGGUGUCCGCCGGCACGGACCUGUCCCUGGCACUGAUGCGAGAGGUCUUUGGGGCUGAUCUGGCAGAGGCGGCGGCAGAGGCCACGGAGUAUGUGUGGUCCAAGGAUGACGACGGAUCCAAAGACCCCUUCGCGGAGAGCAUUCCGGAGCUGAUGCUGCUGGCCAACCAAGCCGUGGCCACCAAGAUCCUGAACACCUUCCCCAUGUUCGGAGUACUGCGACGGCACCCGCCGCCCAAGGACGAUCAGCUGAAGACUCUGCAGAACUUGCUGGCGAAGAACGGACUUGAGAACUUCCACUUCGGCAGCAACAAGGAGUUGUCAGAUUCCCUGCAGAGAGCCGUGAAGCCGGAGGACCCUUUCUUCAACACCCUAGUGAGGAUCAUGACCACAAGGUGCAUGAACCAGGCGGUCUACUUCUGCACCGGCGAGGUGCAGCCGGCCCUCUACUCCCACUACGGCCUCGCCAUGGAGCGCUACACUCACUUCACCUCCCCCAUUCGCCGCUACGCGGAUGUCUUGGUGCAUCGCUUGCUAGCGGCCUCUCUGGGAAUUGCGACAUUGCCGGAGCAGCUCCAAUCCAAGGCCGCAAUCUCUGAGCAGUGCGAGAAGAUCAACGUGAAGCACCGCAUGGCGCAGUUUGCGAGCCGCGCCUCCGCAGAUCUCCACACCUUUAUGUUCUUCAACAAGAAGGGUGAGCAAUCCGCGGAAGCCAUCGUGAUGCGCAUUCGCCGAUCUGGCAUGCAGGUGAACGUGCCACGGUACGGCAUCGAGGGAGUGGUGGCCAUGCCUGAGGAGGAGUGGGAGGUGCGGGAGGACGAGCAGUUCAUUCAGAGCAAGAAGGAGGCUGGCCGGAUCGAUAUCUUCGCCCACAUCAUUGUGACCAUCCAGUCGGACAACUCGGACUUCCGAAAUCGCACCCACAUCCGCUUCGAGCGCAUUGUGACAGACUCCGAGCGUGAGGAGUACAAAGACGUCGAAGAGUCUCGGAAGCAGGUGCAGAAGGAGAUGUUCCCAGAUCUGUUGGAGCGAGAGGCGAACUGA